CACUCUGAUUUCACUACUCGGUGCUCGUAUUCAUGGACACAAAACCACCGUCCUCACCGCACGUUCUUAUCUUUCCGUUACCGAUGCAAGGCCACGUCAACUCCAUGUUAAAACUGACGGAGCUCCUCCUCACCGCCGGUCUCCACAUCACCUUCUUAAUAUCCGCCAAGGACCACGACCGCCUCUUCCGCUACACCACCGUCCACGGCCACCUCAACUCCUACUCAGGUUUCCGCUUCCACGUCAUCCACGGCCUCUACGAAGGCCCCGUCGACACCGGUGACAAGCUCACGAUUUUGUUUGAUUCUUUGUCAAAAGUAACUACACCUUUGCUCAGAAACAUGCUUCUUGAUUCUCCGGUGGCUUGUCUGAUCGCCGAUGGAAUUAUGGCCUUUCCACUUGACGCUGCAAAGGGUACCGGAGUUCCUGUAUUUUUCUUCCGUACUGUUAGUGCUUGUGCUUUCUGGGCUUACUUUUGCAUCCCGGAUCUCGUAACCUCCGGCGACAUUCCUUUUCAAGGUACGGACAUGGAUAAACAAAUAGUCAAUGUGAAAGGCAUGGAAGGAUUUCUUCGCCAACGUGAUCUUCCGAGCUUUUUCCGUUCCGAUGUAAAUAAUGUGACCUUGCAACAGAUCGCCAAUGUAACACGUCGAACGCAAGAGAGUCAUGCGCUCAUUCUUAACACCUUUGAUGAGCUUGAAGGGCCUAUUCUCUCAGAGAUACGGAAAUAUUGUCCCAACAUCUACACGAUUGGACCACUUCAUGCUCAUUUGAAGUCGACAUCUUCAAACAAUUUGUUCGAAGAAGAUAAGACAUGUAUCGGUUGGCUUGAUCAACAAUCACCCAAAUCCGUAUUGUACGUCAGUUUCGGAAGCAUAACGACACUAACAAGGGAGCAACUCAUUGAGUUCUGGCAUGGCUUAGUCAAUAGUGGGAAACGGUUUUUGUGGGUCAUUCGAGAGGAUCUUCUUUUGAACCAUGGUGGUGAUAAUAAAGUACCAAGUGAAGUGAAGGACGUGACAAGAGAGAGAGGGUACAUAGUGGGGUGGGUUCCGCAACAAGAGGUGCUAGCCCACCCUGCUAUAAGUGCAUUUUUGACUCAUAACGGCUGGAACUCCACCUUGGAGAGUAUAGUUGAAGGAGUACCGAUGGUGAGUUGGCCGUUUUUUGCAGAUCAACAAAUAAAUAGUAGAUUCGUUGAAGCCGUGUGGAAGCUAGGGUUAGACAUGAAGGAUACAUGCGAUAAAACGAUAAUUGCAAAGAUGAUAAAAGAAGUAAUGGAUGUUAAGAUUGAGGAUUUCACAAAAUCAGCCAAUCGUAUGGCGAAACUAGCAAGGGAAUGCGUGAGCAAAGGUGGAUCUUCCUAUCGUAAUUUGGAUCGUUUGAUCAAAGACAUUAAAGAAAUGAGUGUUCGAUCUACAGAUAUACAAGUUAAUUAAAAGAAAUUAUCGCACCCAUAUACUUGCCUUUGUAAUUAGCUUCGUUAAAUAUGAAUAAAAUCUCUUUGAUGCCAA